GGUGCGGCUGCCAUGGCGCGGAAUGUGUUGUACCCCCUCUACCAGCUGGGUGGCCCCCAGCUCCAUGUAUUCCGAACCAACUUCUUUAUCCAGCUGGUGCGGCCUGGUACUGCCCAGCCUGAAGAUACUGUGCAGUUCCGGAUCCCCAUGGAGAUGACCAGGGUGGACCUCCGGAAUUACCUUGAGCAAAUUUACAAUGUUCCUGUGGCUGCUGUGCGCACGCGGGUGCAGCAUGGCUCCAACAGGAGGAGGGAGCACAAGAACGUAAGAAUCAAGAAGCCGGACUACAAAGUGGCCUAUGUGCAGCUGGCCCAUGGGCAGACCUUCACCUUCCCAGAUAUUCUUCCAGAGAAAGAGCCCAGUCCUGCAGACCCUCUGGAAGAGGAGCCUCAGCAGCAGAGGCAGAGCAGCGACCCCUGGUGUCCUGGUAUCCCUUCUUGGUUUGGCCUAUGA